AUGGCCGCUGAGGAUGAUAACUUUGACAUUGAUAUCUAUGGUGACGGAGGUAGUUACAAUGCCAAUGAACAGGGGGACUACAAGCAGGAGGACCAAGAACUGAUCUUGGACGCCCCCACCAACAACCAGGGCGGUGCCCAAAACGAAGAAGGCGCUAGAGACGCCAAAGACAGUAGCGGAGACAACCAGGCCAACGGUAACGGAAAUGCCACAAACAUGGAAGGAAUCAAUCAAGACACAGGCAAUCCUCCACAGCAGACACCUACCCCACAGCAAGGUCAGAAGCGAAAGGAGAGUUCAGACGAGCGGCCCAUGGAUCAUGACGCUACCACAGCUCUGUUUAUCUCUGAUCUCUUCUGGUGGACGACAGACGAUGACAUUCGAGGAUGGGUCAACCAGGCCGGCGCUGAGGAAGAGCUGAAGGAUGUAACUUUCAGCGAACACAAGGUCAACGGGAAGAGCAAAGGACAAGCCUUCGUCGAAUUUCAUACUCCUCAGGCCUCUUCAGCUGUCAAGCAUCAGAUCGAGAAUUACGCCGCAAAUGGACAGACUGGAAGAAAACACACUGUUACCUAUGCAAACCCUCACACAAACCCAUUCCGCACAUUGCCAAAGGACGCCCCCAUGCGUAAGGACGAGCGCGCGCGGUCAGGAUCCGGGUUCAACUCUCCGAACCAGAACAUGAACUUUGGCAUGAACAACAUGGGUGGAGGGUUCCGUGGCGGUCGUGGAGGGUUCAACCGAGGAGGCAUGGGUAACAACAUGGGCUAUGCCAACCGGAACUUCGGCGGCCCCAUGGGUGGCUUUCAGGGUCCUAUGGGCGGAGGUUUCCAGACCCCUAUGGGCGGCAUGCAGAACUAUGGUGGAUUCAACCGCGGAGGCAUGAUGGGUGGCAUGCGUGGCGGACCUGGGGGGAUGCGAGGUCGUGGAGGUGGUGGUAUGGCUGGUCCCAACAUGAUGGGCAUGCCUAAUAUGGGACCUAUGGCUGGAAUGGGUAUGAAUCCCAUGGCUGGCGGUAUGAACCCUAUGAUGGGUGGUAUGGGUGGAAACAUGGGCAUGCAAGGUGGUUUCCAGACUCCUAAUGGUCCUUUCAAUCCAGGUUUCUUCCCUCAGAACCAGGGCGUCGGAGACGGCUCCUGGAACCCGCAUGGUGCUAAACGGACCCGACAGGAGUAG